AUCUUUAUGGAUCCUAUUUAAUGGUUUUGCAGACUGUAGCCACAGUCAAAGGUCAUCUAGAUUUCUCCUUUGCAACUGCGUGGCACCCUGAUGGACAUGUGUUUGCCACGGGUAAUCAAGAUAAAACUUGCAGGGUAUGGGAUAUAAGAAACUUGUCGUCAUCCAUUGCAAUCCUGAAGGGGAACUUGGGUGCUGUGAGAUCCAUUCGCUUUUCAUCAAAUGGCCAGUUCAUGGUGGUGGCUGAACCUGCAGAUUUCGUUCAUGUGUAUAGUACCAAAGCAGACUACAAGAGGCGGCAAGAGAUUGAUUUCUUUGGUGAGAUAUCUGGAGUAGCUCUAAGUCCAGAUGACGAGUCUUUAUACAUAGGAAUCUGGGAUCGGACUUAUGCAAGCUUGCUACAAUAUAACAAAAGGCAUACAUAUGGAUAUCUUGAUUCAUAUUUAUGAUUGUCUAUCAAAGGAUUUUCUUCGUAAGCAUGCUCUUGAUAAUUUUAUUCCUCUUUAUGAAUGCUCUUUGUGAACUAAUUAGCUCGAGUUGAAAUCUAGACCAUAUAGAAUAAGGUAAGGAACUCUAGUCUGAUCAUGUACAGAAAUAUACUGUUCUUAAAUACUCGAGGUGGAAGGAAGCUGUCUCGGUAAGUCCCUAUUUUUCCA